AAAAAGAAACAUUUGAGCCAAGAUGGCGGCACUGUUCACGGCACGGAGAGCUCUGGUGGUGGCGGCGGGCCGUGGAGUCCGUUGUCUGUCCCAGCUCGCAGAGUUACCUGAGCUGCAUCAGAUGAUGAGACAGACGUGUCGAGACUACGCUCAGAAAGAACUCGUGCCAAUCGCUGCCCAGCUGGACAAAGAACACAAGUUCCCGGCCAAGCAGGUGCGAGAGCUUGGAGCGUUGGGCAUCAUGGCCAUCGAGGUUCCGGAGAGUCUCGGUGGUGCUGGGAUGGAUUAUCUGGCGUACAGCAUCGCUGUGGAAGAGCUCAGCAGAGGAUGUGCCUCCACCGGAGUUAUCGUCAGUGUGAAUAAUUCUCUGUACCUGGGUCCGGUUCUGAAGUUUGGCACAGACGAACAGAAGAGACAGUGGAUUACACCCUUCACCACGGGGGAGAAAGUGGGCUGUUUCGCUUUGAGUGAACCAGGGAACGGCAGCGACGCCGGUGCGGCUUCGACACUGGCCCGACAGGAGGGAGACGAGUGGGUUCUCAACGGAACCAAAGCUUGGAUCACCAACUGCUGGGAUGCUUCAGCCACUGUCGUUUUCGCCACCACAGACAAGAAUCUAAAACACAAGGGAAUCAGUGCCUUCCUCGUGCCAAUGCCUCAUCCGGGCUUAUCUUUAGGGAAGAAAGAGGAUAAACUGGGAAUUCGAGCUUCGUCCACUGCCAACAUCAUUCUGGAAGACUGUCGUAUCCCACUGGGCAACAUGCUGGGCGCGCGGGGAAUGGGCUUCAAGAUCGCAAUGCAAACGUUGGACAGCGGACGGAUCGGAAUAGCUUCACAGGCUCUUGGGAUCGCACAGGCGGCGUUGGACUGCGCUGCAGAUUACGCCCAUAAGAGAACUGCCUUCGGUGCUCCUAUUGGAAAACUGCAGGCGAUACAGUUCAAACUGGCAGACAUGGCACUGGCGACAGAAAGCGCUCGGCUUCUCACCUGGAAAGCGUCACUGCUGCGGGACGCAAAGAAACCUUUUACUAAAGAAGCUGCCAUGGCUAAACUGGCUGCGUCCGAGGCUGCUACUUUUGUCUCCCAUCAGGCUAUCCAGGUGUUAGGUGGAAUGGGAUACGUAACGGACAUGCCUGCGGAGAGACACUAUCGCGACGCUCGCAUCACAGAAAUCUACGAAGGCACCAGUGAGAUCCAGAGAUUAGUCAUCGCAAACAACGUCCUCAAAGAAUAUCAACAGUAGGAGGAGAUGUUCAUCCAACGGUCAGUGACGGACUGCGAGUAUGAAGAUUUAACCCUUAUACAUGUGCUGAUGUGCUGACUGACGGAUGUUGUUUGAAGUGCAGUUUCUGAUGUUGCCACAAGAGUGCAGUAGGGUGCCUGGACCUUCACAACUCAACAUUUGAGUUUGAAAACUAACAAACCUGAUGAAAUCCCUAUUUGAUUGUCUAUAAUAUGUAUUUAAAUGCGUUUUUUAAUAAAUCAUGAUGUCACACCACAAA